GUAGAUGUCUAUGGCUGUAACUGCUUGUCCAUGCUGAGAUGUCGGGGACAGACAGUUCAGUGGCCUGUGGACAGUUUCAGACUGUCCCCCUGUCAGAGCUGGACUUCCCCGGUCAGCCGUACUCCGUGACCGUCCUUAAAGCCGGAUACUGUCUCCCUCAAACCGACGGUACGUUUAGAGCCGACGGGACCAUCACCCUCAUAACAGGACCCAGGACUAUUCUGGUGGACACCGGAGGGCCGUGGGACCGGGACUUUCUUCUAACGACACUGAAAGAGAGGGGUCUGGAACCAGGGGACGUUAACGUGGUGGUGGGGACUCACGGACAUUCAGACCAUGUAGGUAAUCUGAGUGUUUUUCCAGCAGCAAUGAUGAUUGUGGGAUAUGACGUCAGUGAAGGGGACACAUACCGUCCCAACCAGCUGGCAGAGGGACAGGCGUACUCCAUUGAUAAGCAGGUAACUGUAGUCCCCAGUCCAGGCCACACAGGACAAGAUGUCAGCGUCCAGGUGACGGAAACCUCAGCGGGCACAGUGCUUGUUGCAGGGGACUUAUUUGAGUGCUGCUCAGAUGAAGACAGCUGGCGGGAUUUGAGUAUGAACACUGCAGUGCAGGAGGUCAACCGCCAGGAGGCACUACGUACCGCUGAUGUCAUCAUACCGGGUCAUGGACUCCCAUUUAGAGUCCUCAGGAACUGAUUAGCCAACCUUGAAGAUCCAUAGUCCUUUCUCUCUGCAGGCGGUUUGACUUGUAACAGCAGGAAAAGCACAUGUGAAACUGAAUGGGUUAACAAUGACUCAGUUCUAUCAAGUGUCCAUUAAGCCAUGACAGGGAGGUGGCAUGCAUGAUACCAGGACUCAGGAUCUAGCUUACGUAAAUGGAAAGCAGUGAUUUUUAAUGUUGUCACUUACAGCUGGGCUUUUCCUGCUGCGAUAAUCUUAAAUUUCUACUGUGGAAAGGUCUACACUGGGUUAUAUAAGGAUAUGACUUGACUGAGUGUAGGUGGAGUUUUACAACUUAACUCGGUUGUUGUAAUUCCAACCAAAGUUCACACAGGGUCAGCUUACUCAAGAACACUACUUAUCUGUAAACAUUAAAAUUACAGAUAUACUUUCAGAUAUGAGUGAAAUGUAUGUGUUCUUCAUUGAAUAAAAUAUAUUUUAAUACAGAUAUAUUUUACUACUGUGCUCAACGUUCAUAGCAUCAGACAACACUGAAGACACAGCAUGAGAUCCAAAUCUAAAAACAGAAGACUCCUCACCACUAGAAUUUAGAAGAAUGGCUUCUCUCCCAUUUCCAAAUGAAUUCAAAGGCUUCAACAAUUGUGUAAUACUAGGUUUGUUUAUUAUCUCCACCAGAUGUAAGCCUGCAGGUAAUUUCACAUACUACAGGACCCAUCAGCCUAAUGUUUUGUGUACACAUUUAUGACAGUAUGCUCAUGGACCUCUUGUACUUGCAGUGAUUUAUAAUUAUUGAAAAAAACUGUUUUAAUGAAUGUUUUAUACUGCCACUGACUGUUUAGUCCUUUUGAGCAACCAGUCGGGGCUUCAAGUCCUCAGCCAAAUCACAUAGUUAAAGACAUUUCUGGAAAUUGUCUCAGCUCAAAACAAGAAGCCUUUCUGAAUCCGCAGGUCACAUUUUAGUCUUCAUUGUGGCUCAAAAACCGACAUCCAUUGAAAAGUUUGGUCUCAUUUUGAACUAGAGCAUCUGCAGACUUACUCCAUGGCUGAUGUAAUAUGAUUCACUAAAGUUAGGCAAGAUACAAGACAAAAAAAAGAAGAAAAGUUUGUUAUCUUUUUGACUGAAAGGGAGCCUGGUGGGACAGAGUGGCAGCGAUCAGCUCUGGCGGCCUCCUGGCAGAGAUCUGCACUCUACUGAGUGCACAUUUCUAAGUUUUGUAAUGUUUUUAAAAAGAAAUUGGUAAACUACAUGAUGUUCUGAAAAAGUGGUUUAAUAAACCUGAAACACAAAGUUGACACA